AUGGGGAAGAAACAACACAGCAAAGAUCGAAUGUUCAUCACAAAGACGGAGUGGGCCACCGAGUGGGGCGGCGCCAAAUCCAAAGAAAUCCGCACCCCUUUCAAACGCCUCCCAUUCUAUUGCUGCGCACUCACUUUUACACCGUUCGAGAACCCUGUGUGCACCGACGAUGGCAGCGUCUUUGACCUAAUGAACAUAAUCCCUUACAUCACUAAGUAUGGUAAACAUCCCGUUACCGGUGCUCCUCUGAAGCCACAGAAUCUAAUCCCCCUUGUUUUUCACAAAAAUUCCGAAGGUGAGUAUCAUUGCCCUGUACUGAACAAAGUUUUUACUGAAUUUACACACAUUGUUGCUGUAAAGACUACAGGAAAUGUUUUCUGCUAUGAGGCAAUUAAAGAAUUAAACAUCAAAACCAAGAAUUGGAAGGAGCUUCUCACUGAUGAAACAUUCACUAGGGGAGAUCUUAUAACAAUUCAGAAUCCUAAUGCACUUGACAGCAGGGUUCUCGUGGAUUUUGAUCAUGUAAAAAAUAGUUUGAAACUUGAUGAUGAGGAACUAAUGAAAAUGAGCUCCGAUCCAACCUAUAACAUAAAUGUUUCUGGGGAUAUCAAACAGAUGCUGAAGGAGCUUGGAACAGAGAAAGGAAAAGAAAUUGCAUUGCAUGGGGGAGGUGGAAACAAGGCUCAAAAUGAAAGAGCUGCUGCUCUUACUGCUAUAUUAGCUGCGAGGUCACGUAUCAAAGAAGAUUCUAAAUCAGAUACCAAUGGAGAGGCUACACCCAAACAGACUUACAGUAUUGUAGAUGCUGCUUCCGCUUCAGUACAUGGAAGGAGUGCUGCAGCUGCAAAGGCUGCAUCAAGUGACAAAACUGCUGCUCGGAUAGCUAUGCACAUUGCUGGUGAGAGGACCCCAGUGAAUGCAAAAAUGGUAAAGAGCCGUUUCACCACUGGUGCUGCUUCACGAUCCUUCACUUCAACUUCUUAUGAUCCUACCACAAAAAAUGAUUUUGAAUAUGUUAUGGCUGAGAAAAAUCCCAAGAAGAAAGGAUACAUUCAGUUGCAUACCACACAUGGUGAUUUAAACAUUGAGCUGCACUGUGAUGUAACUCCCAGGGCAUGUGAGAACUUCAUCACACUUUGUGAGCGUGGCUAUUACAAUGGAGUAGCUUUUCAUAGAAACAUUAGGAAUUUUAUGAUUCAAGGUGGUGAUCCUACCAGCACUGGGAAAGGAGGCGAAUCCAUAUGGGGAAAACCUUUCAAAGACGAAGUAGACUCGAGGUUGCUUCAUUCUGGAAGGGGUGUUGUUAGCAUGGCAAACAGUGGACCCCACACAAAUGGUUCACAGUUUUUCAUUCUAUACAAGUCUGCAGUUCAUUUAAACUUCAAGCAUACAGUUUUUGGUGGAGUUGUUGGUGGUAUGACUACCCUUUCAGCAAUGGAAAAGGUUCCUGUCGAUGACAAUGACCGGCCUCUGGAAGAUAUUAAGAUAACUAGUGUAACAGUAUUCGUGAAUCCAUACACAGAGCCUGAUGAAGAAGAUGAGCAGGAGAAAGCAAAAGAUAAGAAUGCUGAUGAUGAAGAGAAUGACAAGAUUGGGUCAUGGUACACCAAUCCAGGAACAGGAGCAAGUGAAUCUGGAUCUGUAGGUGGUGGCAUUGGCAAGUACUUGAAGGCGAGAAAUGCACAGGCUGAAUCUGCUGCUGCUGCUGACACUGGUACGCAGGCAAUUGCUAUAGCAAAGAAAAGGAAAUUAGGUUUAGCAAUGGGGGAAUUUAAAGACUUUUCUGCCUGGUAAGGUUUUCCACGUUUACCAUAUUUCAGACUUGAACGGUUGACCUGGAGGUGUAGCCCAGCAGUGUAACAUGUUUGUUUGAGUGAGAAAAAGGAAAAGGAGGAAGAAAGAGAGAUUUGGAAUUACUCUAUUCAUUACAUUUGUAUUUAUAGGUUGUACAAUACCAUGCAUCCAGUCAGAAAUUGUAUUAGAAAUUCUUGUGAGAAAAUACAGAUUUUUUUUCCUCUUAUUAGGUAAGGUUGAUGGUA